UGUUAAAAAUCCAUCAGGACUUAUUCCGUGCUCGACGCCGUAUAAUUCCCAGCAGGCGCUUCCGAUUUGGACCCCGCACUGGCCGACAUGAACAGACACUACUUCACGCUGAAAAUACCAGAAUGUUUAGUCGAGAAGUAGUGUCAGUGCACGUUGGACAAGCUGGAGUCCAGAUUGGAAAUGCAUGUUGGGAAUUGUACGGCGUCGAACACGGAGUCAGUCCAGAUGGCUUCCUGACUGCCGACGAUUUACCAUGUAACGCUCAUGAUUUUUUCGGUACUUUUUAUCAAGAGACGACGACAGGACGGUUUAUUCCUCGAGCUGUGUUGGUUGAUUUGGAACCCAGCGUUAUAGAUGAAAUUAGGAACAAUCAAUACAAAGAGUUAUUCCGUCCUUCGUCGUUGAUUUCGGGCAAGGAAGAUGCGGCGAAUAACUACGGACGCGGAUUUUACACCAUUGGAAAAGAAAUGGAAUCCGUUGUUUUGGAUUCGUUGAGAAAACAAAUCGAAAUGUGCGCCAGUUUCGCCGGGUUUUUCAUUUUUCAUUCGAUGGGCGGUGGAACUGGCUCAGGGCUGACUACUCUGCUCAUGCAGAAAUUAGCAGCCGAAUACGGAAAGAAACAUAAAUUAGAAUUCGUUAUUUAUCCGUGUCCUAGGCUCUCGACAGCGGUUGUAGAGCCUUACAACGCAGUACUAAUGUCGCACGGAACCAUGGAGCACAGCGAUUGCGCCUUUUUGGUCGACAACGAAGCCCUGUACGAUAUCUGCACCCGUCAGCUGGACAUGGAACGACCAACGUACGUCAGCCUAAACCGAAUCUUCGGCCAAGUGAUUUCAGCCUUAACCGCAUCGAUGCGAUUCGAUGGCUCAAUCAACGUCGAUUUAUCCGAAUUCCAAACGAAUUUAGUACCUUAUCCUAGAAUACAUUUCCCACUCGUCACCUACGCUCCAUUCCAUUCGGUAAACAAAGCUACGCACGAGAAAGUCACCGUCACUCAAUUAACUCGACUAUGUUUCGAACGAUCAAAUCAAAUGCUGAGAUGCGAUCCUUCUCGAGGCAAAUACAUGGCGUGCUGUAUGCUCUACAGAGGCCUGAUACAAGUUAAAGAAGUAAACAGCUCUAUACAGAUAAUUAAAAAUAGUAAAAUACCCUUCGUAGACUGGUGUCCGACUGGCUUCAAAAUAGGCGUCAAUUACCAACCACCUACCUGCGUACCGGGUAGCGGUUUAUCUAAAGUUAACCUAUCUUUAUGCGCUAUUUGUAAUUCCACCUCGAUAGCCGAAGUAUGGUCUAGGGUUAAUUAUAAGUUCGAUCUAAUGUUCGCCAAAAGAGCGUAUGCCCAUUGGUAUCUCGGAGAAGGUAUGGACGAACAAGAGUUCGUCGAUGCUAGAGAAAAUCUAGCUUCUCUGGAGAAAGAUUACGAAGAAUGUGGCAGAGAUACGCCUAAAGAGGCCGAAGCCGAAGAAGAAUCGACAGCAUAUACGACGACAGCAACGCCAGAAAGUGUCACAGAUGGUGGCACGACAGAGGUUACCGCGACAGAAGGAACCGAAGCAGCGGCGUAGUUGAUUUUUUAUUUUUAUUAUUAAAUUCGUCUAAGGUAAAUUUUAAAAUUGUUGAAAUCGUGAUUACUAUUAUAGGUACCUAUAGUUCAAACGUUGAAAUGCUAAAAAGAAAAAGUAAAAAAAUAACAUCUUGUUGUAAUGUGUAUAAAGAAUAAUGUAAAUGUCGAAUGUGUUGCAGUUCAAAUAGAAUUCAAAAUCUGUCUUCAUUA